AAAAGAAGAAUAAAAAUGAAGCAAAAGACUCUGAAAAUCACCUGCUCCUAAUAAGUUGAUCGUUCCCUUUCUAUCAUUUUCAGCCACCUCUUUAAGUAACACCCACCCCUUCCAUCUCCACCACAAGGCAUUCUCGAUCUUGUUCGUUCACGCAAAAAUGGAGGCAAAAUGGAGUGUGCUCCUGGCAAUCGCAUUGAUUUCAGUGCUUGUCAAUGGCGACGACCCUCCUGUGAAGCCGGUGGUGAAGAUAGUGAAGGGCCAAAAGGUGUGUCAAAAAGGGUGGGAGUGUAAGACCUUCUCCAAGCACUGCUGUAACGAGACAAUUUCUGACUACUUUCAGACGUACCAGUUCGAGAACCUCUUCUCUAAGCGUAACACCCCCGUGGCCCAUGCGGUGGGCUUCUGGGACUACCGUUCUUUUAUCACCGCUGCGGCGGAAUACCAACCUGAUGGCUUUGGCACUACCGGUGGGAAGUUCAGCGGGAUGAAGGAAGUUGCAGCUUUUCUGGGUCAUGUUGGCAGCAAAACCUCCUGCGGAUAUGGAGUGGCGACUGGGGGACCUCUGGCCUGGGGUUUAUGCUACAACAAGGAACUCAGCCCCGACUCCUCUUACUGUGAUGAGUACUACAAACUCACUUAUCCUUGCGCUCCUGGAGCUGAAUACUAUGGCCGUGGCGCCCUGCCUAUCUAUUGGAACUACAACUACGGAAAAACAGGGGAAGCCCUGAAGGUGGAUUUGUUGAACCAUCCAGAAUACAUAGAACAGAAUGCUACCCUGGCCUUCCACGCUGCAAUAUGGAGGUGGAUGACGCCAGUGAAGAAGCAUCAACCUUCAGCCCACGAUGUCUUUGUUGGCAACUGGAAACCCACCAAGAAUGACACAUUGUCCAAGCGGGUACCUGGUUUUGGCACCACCAUGAAUGUGCUUUAUGGCGAUGGUGUUUGCGGCCAGGGUGAUAGUGAUUCCAUGAACAACAUAAUCUCCCAUUACCAAAACUAUCUUGAUCUUAUGGGUGUUGGCCGAGAAGAGGCAGGGCCUCAUGACGUGCUCAGUUGUGCUGAGCAGGUUCCUUUCAACCCAUCCUCUUCCUCCUCAUCUUCUUGAGCUUUGUUUGGUACAGCAUUAAUAAGGGAACGAAACUCUACCAAUCUGAGAACAUAUGUAAGUAAUGAAGGAAAGGUUGAAACAUGAAAGAAGAAGAAAAGAUACAGAGACUACUCUAUUCAAUUUUCGUCCGUGUGAAGAUAAACUAGCCUAGACCAUCAAGAGUCUAAAUUGAUAUGUGGCUGCAUGCCCUUCGUUAUUGUUGUGUAAAUGUUGAGAUAUAUUUUGUGUACAAAUUUCUGUUAUCUUGUAACUCUGCAAGGUGGACUUUAUGAACCAUUUUGUGGUUAUGCUUUAUUCGUUUCUGCUUAUGAAAUCUUAAUGAACCGUUUUAAUCCUCCUUUUUGUUUA